UUCAUUUAUAAUAUAAAGGAGUUUUGUGAUCAAGAAAAUUUUUUAUUGAUAAAUAUAUAGUUUGAUUUAUCUAAUAUUUGAAUGUUUUCGCUGCUUUUCCUGUGGUGUUUUGCCGGAUUUGGACAGACUUUAGCCGGAGUGGAACUAUUGAAGAACUAUGACAUGGAAAUGGUUCAUUUCGAGCAUAAUUGGUCUUGUAAAGGUGGCUGCACCUUAAUAUCCAGUAAAGAUCAUUACAGUGGCUGGCAUAGUGUUAUGGUUUCAAACAGACAUCAUAAUUUCGAUGCUUUAGCCCAAAAUGUCGCCGUCACUCCCGGAAAUGUGUAUAACUUUACAGCCUACAUUAAACUGUUGAAUCUUCAACAUGGUGCCAAUUAUGAAACAGUGGAGGCCACGAUGACAUGCCUAGGGAACAAUGGACACAAGAUAUAUUUGAAGUUUGGACACGAUCCGUACGUUAGACUGAAUACAUGGACACUGUUAGGGGGUAUACACCAGGUACCUCAAGGUGCGCAUGCGUGUCAGGUGGUCAUACAGGUUAAGGAUCCGAGCGUCAACUAUCUGGUGGACCAUACAAGUCUUCAAGUUGUACCGGAAAAUGCCAAUUGGAGGACAGAAGCUAACGCGCGAAUAGAAGAAUUAAGAAAAUCUGAUAUCACUGUCACAUUCCCGUCCGAUCAAAAUGAAAACUACCAGGUGGAGCUUAUACAAGACUCUCAUGAGUUUGCUUUUGGAAGCGCUGUUGGUGCCAGACAAAUUGUUGACCCCGCCUACCGGAAGUAUGCGCAGGCGUUCUAUGAUAAUUUUGAAUGGGCGGUUCUAGAAAACGCUUUGAAAUGGAAACUUAUGGAAAAGACCAAGGGACAUAUAGAUUACAACACACCAAUGACAGCCCUUCGUGCUCUAAAUGGAAACGGAACAAAGGUUCGCGCCCACAACAUAUUCUGGGGUGUGAGAACCCAUGUUUCUUCUUGGGUAUCAACGUUGAGUCGUCAACAACUUCUUCAAGAAAUAGAUAUGAGGACAAAGGGGGUUGUCGGUCAUACUGCCGGUCUAGUUAAACACUGGGAUGUUAACAACGAAAAUAUCCACGGUGAUUGGUAUGAGCAGACAACUGGGGACCCGAACAUUACCAUGAAAAUGUUUCACGAUGCUCAUGCCGUUGAUCCCAAUGUCAAACUGUUCCUUAACGACUUUGGUGUGAUGGAAAGCUAUGCUGCUGUGCCGUUACGCCAUCAAGCGGAAUUUUUUAAAAGUGCCGGAGUCCCAAUCUACGGCGUAGGAAUACAAAGUCAUAUAAAAGAUACAAACCUUGAUAUAGGCAAGCUGAAGGGACAGUUGGACACGGUCGCCUCUGCUGGUCUCCCUAUCUGGAUCACGGAGCUCAGUCUUGCAUCAAAUGAUGUACACUCACGGGCGACAGCCUUAACAGAUAUACUCACCCUGUAUUUUAGUCACCCGGCGGUAGAGGGUGUGCUUUUCUGGGGAUUCUGGGACGGAAAAAUAUUCAACCAACAAACAGCGUUAUUUGAAGGCUCUGACGUUAUGCCAAAUGAAGCCGGAAAGGCUUAUCAGACGCUCUUUAAGACAACAUGGCGGACUCACGUGACCAAGGAUGUAAACAAGAUAAAUUCAUUCUCUGUCCGAGGUUUCAAGGGAGGUUACACUUUGAUAGUGCGGCAUGAUGGCCGGGAAAUCAAACGUGAAACUUUCACUUUAGGUUCGACAGGAAAAAACAUCAAUAUCAAUCUUGGAACAUCACCGAGUAUCAUUGUUGGGUAAAUUGUGGCAAGAGAAUUGCGUUUUAUAUUGAAAUAAAUCAUGUGAUUCUUUAUGAA